AACCAGGUGAUGCUGGAGAGCAGCACAGGCUGCGGCUGUCCAUCCGGCAUGGUGAGGGAUGGUGACAACUGUACCUGCCCUGAGGGCUUCACUCUGGAGGGGGCUGCAGGGUGUAAAGAAUUCAUCAAUAAUACACAGCCAAACAAAAUGCAAUCAGUGACACAGAAGAGUUCCUUAAUUUCAAGGAAAGUAGCAGAACCAUUCUUUAGAAAACAAUACUUGUUUCAACUAUAUUCUACUCCCUUUACAACAUAACACUCAAAAAGCUUAAAGACUAAACUUGCUAAAGACGUCCACUGGGGACUAACUACACCCUUUAGAUUUGAGUCUUUUAGUUAUUUUUGAUGCGCACAUAGAUUUUUACAUUCAUCCAUCUUAGGUGGUCACCAAACAGCUUGGGUGCUGCACCUAAGGAAAACCCUGAAUUAGGCAUUAGAUAUUUCAAUGCUAUACGAAAUAUUAUCCAUCAAUAUACCACAUGUAGUACCUGUUUUAGGUUUGGUUGCAUACAGUGAUAUCAGUUAGAUGCAAUGCAUCAUCUUCUCUCUACUCUACUCUACCACAGAUGUUGAUGAAUGUGAAGGAGAGUGGCCAGCACCAUGUGGUCUCCAUGCCCGCUGCACUAAUACCCCCGGCUCUUACUCGUGUAGCUGUCUCCGUGGUUACCUGAUGGGUGCUGGAGGGUGCCAGGGUUUGUCAGCAUAUAUAGACGAGUGUGCUCUGGCUGCAGUGACGGGCCUGCAGGCCUGUCAGGGUGAUGCUGAAUGCAAAAACACCCCUGGCUCCUUCAUCUGCUCAUGCCCUUCAGGAUAUGUAAUGGCUCUUAAUGGACAAAGCUGUGUAGAUGUGGAUGAGUGCAGCUUCGAGGAGCAGUGUCGCCGUGAGCUAGGAAACGUGUGUGUGAACACUCACGGCAGCUUCGUGUGCCAGUGCCAGCCAGGCUUCAGAGCAGAGGCCCUCGCCUGUAUUGGUCCUGUGUGUCCGGACUACACCGUGUGUCAAGAUGUGGAUGAAUGUACGGAGAGUCCUGCAGUGUGUGAUGGUCACGGUGUGUGUGAGAACACGCUUGGGACCUACAAGUGUGUUUGUCGACCAGGUUACCGGGGAAACGGCACACACUGCGAAGAUGAGAAUGAAUGUGCAUCAGGUGGUCACGGGUGUGACACCAACGCUCGUUGUGGCAACAUCAUUGGCUCUUAUUUCUGCCAGUGCUACCAGGGCUUCAAUGGAGAUGGACACUCUUGUUUUGACAUUGAUGAGUGUGCUCUAAACAACGGCCACUGUCAACACAACUGCUCCAACGAACCAGGAGGGUACAGCUGCCGUUGUGCCUCAGGCUACCAGCUGGACCAGGAUGGACUCAACUGCACAGAUGUGGAUGAGUGUUUGGCACUUAAUGGGACCUGCAAGCACAUUUGCGUCAACACUCAGGGAUCUUUCCAGUGCUCCUGCAGGCCCGGCUACCAGCUGCACAUUGAUGGCCACACCUGUGUGGACAUUGAUGAAUGUAAACUCCAGAGUGGCGGCUGCUCUCACACCUGCACCAACACUCCAGGAGGACACACUUGCCACUGCCCUCCUCCUCUGCUGCUAGACACAGACAACCUCACCUGCAGCAAUGUUACAUCCUGCAAGCUGAGAAAUGGUGGUUGCGACCAUAUCUGUAGCGUGAGGGCUGAGGGCCAGGUCCAGUGUACCUGUCGAGCAGGCUGGAAGUUGGACGAGGACCAGAGGAGCUGCGUGGAUGUGAACGAGUGCGGGGACUUUACGAACGGAGGCUGUGAGCAUCUCUGUGUGAACCAUCCUGGUGGGUUUAACUGCGCCUGCAGGAAGGGGUAUGAAGUGCGAACUGAUGACCUAACCAAGUGCCAGCCUGUGUGUAACCCUCGCUGUCAGAACUACGGAGUGUGUGUGGCCCCAAACAGCUGUGACUGCCCUCCAGGCUACCCUGGACUUGGAUGCUCAGCCAUGUGCUCCCCACCCUGUGCCCAUGGAGGCAGCUGUAUGCGCUGGAACAAGUGUCUGUGUCCUCCUGGCUGGACCGGAGCGGGCUGCCACACAGCGGUGUGUGAGCUGCCCUGUGCUAACGGUGGUCGCUGUGUGGGGCCUGAUACCUGCCAGUGUCCCUCUGACUACACCGGCCCCCAGUGCCUCUUGCCCUUGUGCACUCCUGCCUGCCAAAACGGAGGAAGAUGUGCAGAUGUCGACAAAUGCAUAUGUGUUGGUGGAUGGCAAGGAGCUCGUUGCCAGAUAGAGCCUGUUCAGUGUCAGACACCUUGUAAGAACGGUGGAGUGUGUGUGGGCCUCAACAGGUGCCGCUGCGAAAAAGGAUUUACCGGAAGUCUCUGUGAAACAGCGGUGACCACCCCCUGUGUGCCGCCCUGCCAACACGGGGCCACAUGCAGUCCUCACAACACCUGUACCUGUCCUGAGGGCACUGCAGGCCUACGCUGUGAGAGACUGACGUGCCCUGUGGUCACCACGGUGGUCAGCAUGGCUCGAGCCGUCCGAAAGGCGUUUAGGGAGAGUUACGUGGACCGCUGUGGACCCCUGGGAGUUCAGCUUUGCACUAAAUACAGGAUGAACCAGGCCCGUGUGUACCUGCAGGCAUACAGGGUGGGCUACAAAAUCCAGUGUCCAGAGAGGAAGGGCAGAUGAGCAAUGUUAUAUAAAAGCUCCUUGUCAUUAAAAAAACAUUUUGUGCAACACAGCAAGAACUAAAAUGAGACAAGCUGUAAAAUGAAAUGUAACUGAAUAGGUGCGAGGGCGUCUCUGAGGGCAGCCUCUAUGUUGAAAUAUAAAGGGGAAAUAUAUCAUAAAGGCUGUUAUUUGAUCUGUGAUGUAUGUUGACAAUUAUCUUUAAUCAGUUCUGUACACAGUCAUAUGUUUACAUUUCAUGAGAAAUAUUCCUCAGUAUAUAAAAUGUACAAUGGUUUCAUUAUUAUGUUUGUAUAUGGCAGCUGAAAGUUAUUAAACGUUCUCUUUUUACAAAAUGGUGUCAAUAUUGUGAACUCGUCAAUGAUUGUCAAAUAAUAAUGACUGUAAUAAUGA